AUGGAGCAGAUUAGCAACGCAUUCGAUGCCGAGGGUGAAUCCAGUUUUCGGCGCGAGCACACCCACCUGUUCCUCCAGUGGCUCAUCAGCAGGGUCCAGGGUGGGGCCCUUUUGACCGACGGUAGUCGGGCUCUGUUGGCCCACCUUGAGCUGCUGUUGAGCACGUCGGACAUGCGCAAGCCGGCCAUGGCCUACAGCGCGGCCCGCUCCAUCAAACGAUCCAUCCACCUUCACGUCGGCCCGACAAACAGCGGCAAGACCCACGGCGCCCUCGUCGCUCUCUGCAAGGCCAGGACGGGCAUGUAUGCAGGUCCACUCCGGCUGCUGGCACAUGAGGUCUGGGAUCGGAUCAAUGCAGGCACAGUGUCUCCGGGCGUCAAGCCAAGGACAUGCAACCUCGUGACGGGCGAGGAGGUGCGCAUGACUGACGACUUUGCCGGUCUGGUCGCCUGCACUGUCGAGAUGGCCAACCUGGAGAAACCCUGUGAUGUAGCCGUCAUCGACGAGAUCCAGAUGAUUGGCGACGCGCAGCGGGGCAGCGCCUGGACAGCUGCCGUGCUGGGCAUCCCCGCAAGGGAGCUGCAUCUCUGUGGCGAGAGCAGCGUGGUUCCGCUUUUGCGAAACAUGGCAGACGCCUGCGGUGACGAACUCGAAGUGCACGAGUACGAGCGGCUUACACCUCUCAACCUGGGCGAGGACCUGGACGGCAAGUUGGAAAAUGUUCGGCGGGGCGAUUGCGUCGUUGCCUUUUCCCGCUCGCUCCUCUUCUCCCUGAAGAGGGACAUUGAGCUGCGCACGGGACUCCGCUGCGCCAUCGCCUACGGCGCUCUGCCUCCCGAAACAAAGAGCGAACAGGCCAAGAUUUUCAACGAUCCAAACAGCGGCGUCGAUGUCAUGGUGGCCAGCGACGCCGUGGGCAUGGGUCUGAACCUCAAGAUCAAGCGAGUUGUCUUUUCGUCGGUCACUAAAUGGAAUGGGAACGAAAUGGUACCCAUUUCCACCUCCCAGCUCAAGCAAAUCGCCGGCCGUGCGGGCCGGUACGGCACGAGCAGCGAGGACACUGGAGGCCUGGCAACAACGCUGUGGCCGCGUGACCUCGAUGUGGUGCGCAAGGCUCUGGAAGCACCCCUGGUCCCCAUCACAAGGGCAGCAAUACAGCCCAGCUCCGACGCUUUGGCAAGCUUCUCGACGGUGCUACCACGCCUCGCCGAUGGCCAUCGGCCACGUCCACUGUCGAUGCUGCUCGACGACGUAUCAACGCUGUCCCGCAUCGACUCUCGAAGCUACUUUUUGGCAAGCUUGGAGCAACAGCUCGUCAUCGCGCCAAUCGUUGAGCGAGCCUCACCGGCAUCUGCCAAGCUCUCCAUCUCGGAGCACGAGCGUUUCUCCGUGGCGCCCGCCAACAUCCGCGACGAAAGGCUGAUGAUCCUCCUCUCGCAUAUGGUCACGGCCUAUGCCAGCGGUAACCUCAUCAAAUUCCAGGAUGUGGAAAGAGGUCUCGGCAUGCUUGACGUUCUGCGCGAGGUUCAAGACCCCAGUAGCCGUCAACGAGGCGAUGUUAAUUCGCUCAUGAUCCUGGAAUCGCUCCACCGCGGAAUGACGCUCUACCUAUGGCUCUCCUUUCGUUUUCCCCUGAGCUUUUGUGCUCGGCCAGAGGUGGAGGCGCUCAAAGUCGAAGCCGAGAAAGCCAUCGAUGAUUGUCUCGAUGCCAUUCGGGCAGGCAGAAAGACAAGGCUGGCGAAAAGGGCCGCUCAAGAGGAGAGAGGAGAAAGUGGGCAGAAAGGGGCGGUAGACGUGUAA